AUGGGUGAAAUUGAUACGAAACCGAUUGAGCCGGUCCAAGUCGCGCUGUCCUUGUUCGGUGAGAAAGGCGAUCAUAGGAAGCACCGUUCCACCAGCAGCGACACAGAGAUUGAUAAAGAGGAGCUUCAAGGCCUGCAGAAGGAAUUGGCGAAUAACAAGGUGCAACUCGAGGCCAAGGAAUGUGCCUACAUGCAAGCGCAACUCAAGCUACAGCAAUACAGGGAAAGUGUGGAAGAACUUUCCUCUCAGCUGAUGAAAUCCGAGCUCGAGAGGGACCAAUGUGAAAGGGAAUGCAUUCAAGCCAGGACUCAUGUCGACAAGCUGGAGUCCAAGACCAAGGAAAUGGCCGAUCAGCUAUUGGAAACCGUGAAGGUCCGCGAGCAGCUUUCUCAUGUAUUAAACGAGCUGAAGUCUGCCCAAGUCGAGUUGCUUGGGAUGGAGACUGAGCUUGCCGUCGAGAGAGAGGCAAGGCUGAAGGCUUUAACCCGAAUGGAGGAGCUGGAAGCUGAAAUUCAAAUAGAGAAGGGAAAGGUUGAAGUACUCCCGGAGCAUGUAGAGGAGCUCAAUGAAGCUCUCCUAAUGUCGAAGCAGGCUGCUAUGGAAGCUGAAAAAGAAAAAUGUGACAUAAUUUCUCAGAAAGAUGCCAAGAUAGAUUUAGCUACAGAUGCGGUGGUUCAAAUGCAGGAGCAGUUGAACAAUCUGAAAAAUCAAGUGGGGAUGAUUGAGGACUUGGAGAACCAGCUCCUGGCCAAGUCUGUGUAUGUCGAGUCAUUACAAUCUGAUCUUUUGGAAGUGAACGAGAUGCUUGAUUCAUCUGAGAAGGCCACUUCUGAUGCCACAGCCGAUUUGGAGAAGUGGAAAGCGGAUUUGGAAGGGAAGAAAAGGGAAGUCUCGGACCAAGCUGUUUACAUAGAAGUGCUUCAGAUGGAAUUAAAUCAGUUGAAGCAUGAUCUGAAAACUGCAAAUGAAAGGCUUGGCCACAUGAGCUGCGAUCUUGAAACUCUUACUGAAGAUUUGCAGAAUGCAGAGGCUGAGUUGAGUGAGGUGAAGGAAAAAGAGAUUGAAGCGCAGAUUGAACUGGCCUUGCUGAAAUCCGAGCUUCACAAAACCCGGUCAAAAGUCGCAGCUGCAGAGGCAGCUGAAGUUAGAGCGGAUAGUGUUAAAUCAGGGCUUUAUCUUGCAGUUCAGCAGCUAGCGCUGGAAGCUGGUGAAGCCAAGAAGGAAUACCAGAAGUUAAAGGAUGAAGCCGAUAAGGCAUCUGAGGAGUCCGAAAGCUUGAUGUUUGCCACUGCGCCAGUAGAAGUCACUGCUCAAGAUGAGGAAAUAUUUGAAAACGCAUCAAGCGAAGUGGAAGAGGGUGUAGGAGACGAGAACAGCACCCACGUAACGAUUUCACUGGAAGAGUACGAGUCCUUACUUGCCCUGGCAAAGAAGGCAGAUGAAACGCAUAGGUCGUCAGUGGAAGACUCGAAUCAGCACAUUGCAUCGGGAAGCAAGCAAGAGGUGGAGAUCCUGAAGAGAGAGCUCGAAGCGGCAAGCAAAAGGAUCAGUGAGUUCAGGACUCGGGCUGAACAGGCGGCCAGCCGGGCGGAGGCUGCUGAGACUGCCAAAGCAGCACUGGAGGAUCAGCUCCAGAGGUGGCGGGAACAGAAGCAGAGGAGGAAGGCUGCAUUGGCUGUGCUUAGGGAGGAAUCGAUCUCGAGAGAGAUUGACCCUACCGCAUUUGUUAGAACUCCGGCUUCGCAUCUUCCUCUUUUCAAGAUUCUUAACAUGAAAUUCUAG